UACACACACACACACGUUUAUGUACAGCCGGUAGGGGACAGCAGUGACCCGUGGAUGCAUUGUGUCCGCUGAAUUCAUCAAGAGGAAGAAGAGGAGCAGGAAACGUCAGCAAACAGAAUGGCUACAGGAGUGGAUCAAGCAGUUGGCAUGAGUCUCGUUGUCUUCAGCCUCCUGCUGUUUACGUACUACUCUGUCUGGGUCAUCGUCCUGCCUUUCGUGGACAGCGAUCACAUACUGCACAAGUAUUUUCUUCCUCGGGAGUACUCCGUCAUUCUGCCCGGCAUCGCAGCAGUAAUCCUGCUCCUCUGUAUAGGGGCCUUCACUGCGGUUAUCCUGUGGAAGAAUCGCAAGCCAAAGAAAGUGGACUAACUCUGUGAUGGCCCUGCAGGCAAAACCAUACCUCCAUUCUCUAAAAGUGGUUCCUGAGUAGCUGAUUAUUGUUACAGAGUUCUUUUUGUUCUUUGUUUCUUUGCAUAUUUUCGUUCUAAAGCCACUAUGUGUCGGCUGAGAAUGAAUUUGCUCAGAGUAGAACAGGCUGUGCCAAUUUUCAUGGGGAACAAUACUGAUGUGUAUAUAUUAAGUUUUUCCAUCUAGAAAGCAUACAAAUAACCAUGGCCAAGACAAGAAAAAUGUGCAAGAAAAUGUACCAUACAGCAAAAUAUAAAAAAAAAAAUGAGAGAAAUAUAAUAAUAACAAUAAUAAUAAAAACAAUAAAUAAACAGGCAGCAGUAGUGAUGAACUUUUUUAUGUUUAUCUUAAAAUUCCACUUGUUUUCUUUUCCCUCUAACAGUCAGUUUUUCCAGUGCAAAGUAUGUUGCAAUCUCCUUCAACCAUAACUUCACAGAGGUUAUUUGUAUAUUUUAUCCAGAAAAGACUUGAGAAGUAUCAACACUGAUUGUUUAGGACUGAUGCUUGCAGUGGAGCAUUCUUACUCACCAUCUGUGGUUUUGUGAUGUAGUAAAUUAAUAGUUUCCAGUCAAGACAUAUGUAAAAUUACCGCUGACUCACUUUGACUGGGAUCUAGAAGAUAAUCCUGCAGACAAGCUAGUGCAGAAGACUCAAUGGACUGAUGGCACUUCCACCCCCCUUUCUGAAAAAUACUAUUUUAAUCCGAAAAACUCAUUUCUUUGGGAAACUUUCCCCUGAAGGUGGUAUUGUAACAAGAGUGGGUGUGAAUCCACCAUUCACGUAGCUCCUUGUAUAUUUUCAGGUGUAGCUGACUCAAUCUGUGAUUCAGUCAGUCACAUGGUCACAUUCUCUCCUGCCAGCCACUGGAAGCAAUUAGAAUCCCUUGACUGUGAGUAUUUCACAUUGUUUAGCUCCUCGUCAUGUUGUGACAGCAGUUUUUGUUGUCAUAUGUUGCAUGACUGCAGUAAAAGACGCCAUUGUUGUAUUCUUUCUUUUCUUUUUUUUAACCAUGGCAGUUAAAAAAGAAUUCGGACUUUAUUGAAAGCAGCACGGCUCUUUGAUUCUGUAAAUAAUGUGAUGAUAUGUGUGGAAAUGUGACUGAUGUUGAACAGUAAACUGUUUUGAUCUCCAAAUGUUUCUCUGUUCAAUAAAGCGCUGACCCUUGGAAA